AACUCGAAAACUCGAAAACAGAAGAACGCAUGGCGCCAAAACGAAAACCUUCGUCUCCAAUCUCCAUCGGUAACUGCCAGAUUACGGUCGAGGCCAACCGUUUCACCUGCAGCUCCGAUGCAAACGGCGUCGUAAUCUCUCUUACGCGAAGCGGAAGGAUCAAAGUAUCUGCAGUGGCUGCAGAACACGGGAACGCUUCUGAGGAUUUUAGGUCCGAAGAUAAAGGACACGAGUUUGUGCUAGUUAAUCCUAAAGAUGUUGAUGGUAUUAACAAAUCUUACCUUCAGGAAGUAUUUCAGUUGUAUACGACAGAGCUACCUGGAAUGAAUUAUGCUGCGAAUACGGGAAAACAAUCGAAGUUUCUCGAGAGAUGUGUGAAUAAGGGGAAAUAUCGAACACUAAUUAUGAAAUCAACUUCUGUUGGAAAUUCAGGAAAGGUUAUAGCUGCAAUUACAUACCAAAUCAUCGCUGCAGAUACAGAAUAUGCCGAGAUCCCACUAGCAGCUGUCAAUGCAAUCUAUCAACGGAAGGGUUUUGGUCAUCUGUUGUUUAUAGAGCUACGGAACAGACUUCAAAGUGUUGGCAUUCGUUCUAUUUUCUGCUGGGGUGACAAAGAAUCGGAAGGAUUUUGGCUUAAACAGGGUUUUACAGAAAUAGCACAGGUGGAUGCCAAAGGAAGGGCCCGCAGGCUACCCGUAAAAGCUGAUAUUAGAAAAUCUUUAUGCUUCCCUGGUGGUUCAACUCUCAUGGUUUGCCAUCUAAGGAAAGAAUUCUUAGCUGAUAAUGCUAACGCAGUGAAGCAUUCCCCUUCACAGCUUCAUCAGAAUUCCGUUACAUCUGCCAUUGCUGGAGACGAGCAGCCUGAAUUUUCAGGAAAAUUACACGUAGAUUUGAAAUUUUCAGAUAAAUCUUCCCAUAGAACAGAAUCAGGUAAAAGUCAAGAUGAAACUUUGGUGAAAGAUGAAUCGUCAAUAGAAUAUGGCAAACUCAAUGGAUUUGCCAGAGUAAAUGACGAUCGACAGGCCACUGGUGCAGAAAGUUCACAGAAUGGAAAUGAUGCUAACGUGAAGUGUUGUUCUCAAUCUACAAAAGGGGCAAAGAGGGCCUGGGAAGCCUCUUUGUCCUCAUUGAAAUCAAAAAGAGUGAAGGGAAGCCAGUUGGUUGACUAUCAAUCAGAUUCUAGCUGCGGUUUUAUCUUAGAGACUGAUAAGGCCAAUCCUUGUUUUGAAGAAGUCCCUCGUGAUCCUUUGAUUAAAAAUAGUUCUGAAAAAUGUGUUAGGGAUAAUUUGCAUUUAGAGGCUCCAAUCAACAUAGAAUUGCCAUCAACUAAACAAUGUUUUAGAAUUAUGUUGAUGAAUAUUGCUGAUGAUGCUAAGAAAACACAGCUUACAAAGGUGAUUGAAGACCUUGGUGGAACUAUAUCCUAUGAUGGAAGAAUGACCACACACGUUGUCACAGGACAAGUGAGGAAGACUCUGAACUUCUGUACCGCCCUCUGUUCAGGUGCUUGGGUGAUCUCAUCAAGUUGGUUAAAAGAAAGUUGUCGUGAAGGCAGAUUUGUUGAUGAAUUGCCUCACAUACUGAAUGAUACGGAUUAUCUGCUGAAGUACAAAUCUGAUUUAAAAAGUGCAGUUUUCCGGGCAAAAGCUAGUCCCCAUGCUUUGUUAAAGGGUUAUAAUAUAUGUAUUGCAGCUCAUGUUCAAACUCCCGCUAAAACACUGUCUGCAAUUGUCAAGUCCGCAGGUGGUAAUGUUAUUAAUGGACUCGAAAGGAUAGACGAAACAUCAAGAACAAUCUUUGUGACGUGCGAAGAAGACACGGAAGAAGCAAUGAUAGCUGCAAAGAAAGGUAUACGGACUUUCAGUAGCGAGUGGUUUAUGAACUGUGUCAUGAGACAAGAGCUUGACUUGGAGGCCUCCCAGUUUGCAGAGUCCUUAUAAAAGGAUGCGUAAGAUCUGUGAUCCAUAUGGUUUGGUACAUAAGUAUUUCCCCCUAGAGUUUCAUCUAUAUAAAUAUUAAGAUUAUGACUAGAUUUUUUUUUUAUAAAUAGCUGGUUAACAAAUUUGUUCUCCGCAAGGGUGACUUGCCGGAAUACUGCAUCUCAAAUUAGGUUUCGACGGAUACUGUAAAUAACCAAAUAAGGCACGCAUUGCCAUGAUAUUUUAUUUUGGAUUUUGGUUGGGCCAUUUUUCCAA